AGAUGUCACGACACUGUUGCGCAGUUACAUCUAAUCUAGAGUUCAAGGUACCAUAUACAAGGUUCGGUUUGGUUCACUAGGCUUUCUGUCAUUCAUCUCUACAACUGGUGAGCAGUUAGUUGGUCUCCACAGAAAUCAAAGAGACCAUGGGAGAGUGGAGUUUUCUGUCCUCCCUACUGGACAAGGUCCAGUCCCACUCCACCGUCAUCGGGAAGGUCUGGCUCGUUGUUCUUUUCAUCUUCAGGAUCAUGAUCCUUGGAGCUGGAGCAGAGAAGGUGUGGAGUGAUGAACAGUCGAAAAUGGUUUGCAACACCCAACAGCCUGGUUGCAAGAACGUCUGCUACGACCAAGCCUUCCCAAUCUCGCACAUUCGAUUCUGGAUCCUCCAGAUUAUCUUUGUGUCAUCUCCAACGCUGAUCUACCUAGGUCACGUCCUCCACGUUAUCCACAAAGAGAAAAAGAUGAGGGAACACGUGCUGACCCACUCCAAGACCGGAAUUGUCAAAGUUCCAAAGUACUCCGACGACAAAGGCCACGUCAAGAUCAAAGGCGGCCUGCUGGGAAACUACAUGACCUCCAUUUUCUUCAGAAUCCUCCUGGAGGUGGCGUUCAUUGUUGGGCAGUAUUAUCUCUAUGGGUUCAUCAUGAACCCAAGAGUGGUCUGCAACCGAGCCCCCUGUCCGUUCACCGUGGAGUGCUACAUGUCUCGGCCCACGGAGAAGACCAUCUUCAUCAUCUUCAUGCUGGUGGUGUCCGUCAUCUCUCUCGUACUCAACGUAGCGGAGAUCAUCUACCUGGCAUGUACUCGUUUAACCAGGCGAAGGUCUAAAACACAUAAAGCAUCAAUGGCCAUUCACACUCGUUCAAACGGGGACACUAUUAUGUAACACGUGAUGUCACAGCACGGCCCAAAGAACCCUUUGUGUCCGAUGUGCAAAGUGAAAGCAGUUGUUUAAAACAACACGAAAAGUUAUUUAGUCACGUUAUGCUAAGGGAAAUCCUAAAAGUGAUGCAAAUUUGGAAAAGUAUAUGUGGACUAUUUAUGAAAAUGGAAACAUGCACAAGAAUAAUAGAAUAAUACAAGUCAUUGUAUCGCUGCAGCAAUCUCUGAAAAAUUGCAAAACAAGUGAGCUUUUAGGAUUUUCUUCUGUUUGCAUUCAGAUAUUCAGAUAUGCAGCGCAAUGGUAACUGUGUCCUGUAAGGGCUGCUAGAGCUGCUUUGCUUAUCCGUUACCUGUUUUUCUAAAUAUUAUUCAAUAUGCAGGCAUGACUCUCAGGAAUGUUAAUAUUUUAAUAAGAAAUCGUUCAUUUUUUGUUUUGUAUUUACAUGACCGUGCAGGUGUUUGUAACUGACGGUACAAAUAAAUGUUUGAGGUACAAAACAUCAACAAGAGCAUCUAA